ACCGAGCACAGAUUGCCAGUGGCUGGACCCAGCCGACGGAGCUACACUGUCUCCCUACAGCUUCUCCUGACAACUGGGGGAUAAAAGUGAGAGAGAGCAACUCGAGAAUGGGUUGGAAAGUGACUGACCUUCUGUACUGGGAGGAUGUCAAGAAGACUGGUACCGUGUUUGGUGCCAUCAUCCUCAUCCUGUUCUCCCUCACCCAGUUCAGCGGUAUCAGCGUGCUGGCAUACCUGACACUGUCUAUCCUCUCUGUCACCAUCAGCCUCCGCCUUUACACAUCCACUCUUCAUCUCAUCUACAAAACCCAGGAGGUCCACCCGUUCCAGGUCUAUCUUGAUUUGGACAUUACUCUGUCCCAGGAACAGUUGCGGAAGUAUUUGGAAGUGACGGUGCUUUAUGUGACCAGUGCCAUUUCACACCUUCGUCGGUUGUUCCUGGUUGGAGACCUACUGGACUCACUGAAGUUCGGAGUGCUGCUGUGGCUACUGACAUACGUCGGGGCCAUAUUGAAUGGCCUGACCCUCACUAUUCUGGUGACAGUUGCUAUCUUCAUUGUUCCUUUGGUGUAUCGGAAACACAAGGUUCACAUCAACCAGUACCUGGGGCUGGUGACAGGACAGAUCAAGGAAUUCACAGCAAAAAUCCAGGCUAAGCUCCCAGGAUCCAAACCCAAAGCCGAAUGAGUGGACCCAAAGGUGAACCUGUAGCCACUGAGCGAACUCCCGGACCCAACAAUGCAAUUAAUCUUUACAAUCGAGAGUCUUAACCGCCCACAAAUCAGAGCACAGGGAUCGAACUUUUUUUUUUAAAAGGCUGCAUUUGCCCCUUGGCCCAAGGCUCAAGGGACUCCCCUACAGAUUAUUUUAUCUUUUAAUGCAGGGCAUGCUUCCAGCCCCGCCUACUGGCCUGUUCACAACAGCAAUACCUCAUGGGAACCUGGAUGAAGGUGGGAACACAGUUUUAUGGAUGAAUAAGAUCAGAAUUUAGACUGAGGGGCCUUUGGGUCUGGAAGAGGGUGAAGGAUGGGUAUUGUAAGGAGGCCAGGGCUUGUGAGUGAAGGGGCCUGAGAGUUCAGAGAGGGAAUUACAGGGUGGAGGGAUUAGAUGAGGGCAGAGACAGUUGUCGUCGACAAAACAAAAGAACUAGGACCUCUGCCAUUUGAUAUAACUGUAGCUUAUUUUCUACCUCAGCUCCACUUUCCCACCUGCCUCCCACCUCCCUCAUUCUAAAAGAUGCCUUAUUUAUAUCAGAUAUUACAGCAUCCUUAACCCACUGCAGUAGAGUGUUAGGUGACAUCUUUAGAUAGAGAGUGGUUAGAGUAUAAAGUCAUAGGAUGAGGGGCUCAUACAGAAAGGGUUGAGGGUGUAGAGGUGAAAAUCCUUCCUCACAAUCACUGAGUCACCAAACCUGGAAAUAUCAUUUACAACCAGCGGUUUUGAAAGAUUGAAGAUUUACACCGAACCCCUCGUUCUGAAAAUUUCUGAUCCCUUUUAUUUCUUUGAUGGCAGUGGAGCGUCAGUGGCAAGAUCAGCAUCUGUGGCUCAUCCCAGCUAUGACGGUGACAGCUGCUGUGGGGUCUGGAGUCACAUGUAGGCCAGACCAGGUAAGGAUGGGCAGAUUUCCUUCACUAAAGGGACAUGAGUGAACUGGAUGGAUUUUCACAACCAUCAAUAAUUGUUCACUUAGGAUAAGCUUUCAUUUGGGCUUCAAUCCCCACCCCCAGACCCUUAUUAGAUUACUUACAGUGUGGAAACAGGCCCUUCGGCCCAACAAGUCCACACCGACCCGCCGAAGCGCAACCCCACCCAUUCCCCUACAUUUACCCCUUUACCUAACACUACGGGCAAUUUAGCAUGGCCAAUUCACCUAACCUGCACAUCUUUGGAUUGUGGGAGGAAACCGGAGCACCCAGAGGAAACCCACGCAGACACGGGGAGAAUGUGCAAACUUCACACAGUCAGUCGCCUGAGUCGGGAAUUGAACCCGGAUCCCUAUGUGCCUCUGGAUCGCUAGCCCAGGGACGGUCCCGCUAUGCUGGUCUCUCCCCUCCCCCCCUGCCCCCGCCCCCGCCCCCGCCAAGAGAUUCAUACAUGUCUGCAUGUCUGAUGUCUUGUUGACUUAGCUGUUUUUCAAGUUUGAGCAUGUGGAUGAGUCUACACAGAUGCUGAUGCUCAACUUCCAUCAAAGAAAUAAAAGGGAUCAGAAAUUUUCAGAGCGAGGGGUUCUGUGUAAAUCUUGAAUCUUUCAAACCACUGGUUGUAAAUGAUAUUUCCAGGUGUGGUGACUCAGUGAUGGGCUGGAAACACCAGUCCUCAAAAUGCAACAACUGUGAGAGUGGGUGAAAAAGCAUGUAGGUAUUUUUUUAAUGGUGCUCAUCACAUAUGAACUUAAACAUCAAAAGGUAUGAUAUAUUAAAAAUACUACAGCUGCAUGCAAUUCCCAAUAAUCUUUGUUCCUAUUAUUUAAUUGUGGAAUCCAUGUUUAAAAGCCUAUGUAAACAAUGUGUUACUCUGUAUUAGCAUCCUUCCUCCAAUGGUGUCCCUGCAGCUCUGGCAGAAGGUCGGGCUUAUAACAGGGGAGAGGUCCCAGCUGGGUGGCAGCACCAAGGCUGGAGACAGUGGGCAGACUGUCCAUUAUAUACCCUGACAAUGACAUCCAGCAAUCAGCCCAGAGCGUGGCAGGGCCAGAUCAUCCCUGUCUCCUGUUGUGCUGCCACCUACUGGUAAAUAUCAUGCUCAACAAUAUCCCUGAAAAACACAAGAGAUGGGAAUUAUAAUGGAAAUAUAUCAGAAAUGACUUUACAGGGGGGAAUCGAGUUACACUCCACAAGCUCUGGUCCUUAAAAACCCAUCUAUAUAACAUCUGAGAACAUAAACUGACAUUUGUACACAUAUUUCAUAGUUAAACAGUACUUCAGUAUUCUGCAUUUUAAAAAACUCAUUCAUAGGGUGAGGGUCAAGUCAAGUGUCAACCACAACAAUGUGGGCCUGGAGUCACAUGUAGGCCAGACCAGGUAAGCAUGGGAGUUUCCUGGCCUAAAGGAUAUAAGUGAGCCACAGGCAUUUUUUUCCUGACCAAUCAAUUCACAGUCAUCAUUUACCUCCUAAUUCCAAACUUCUAUUGAUUUCAAAUUCCACCACCUCCCACAGCAGGAUUCCCACACCAGGUCCCCCAGACUUACCAGGGGGUUUCUGGAGGCCGUCCGUUGCGUUCCCUGGUGGCUGUUUCCAGUGUGGUCAGCCCCCCCCCGGGAGGAGGUGACCAUUCAGCAGAACACCUUGGUUCCCAACCUGCUCCCACCUUGACCUUAGCUUGCUGGUGUGUCCCAACGAAAGUCAGUGCAAACUCAAGGAGCAGCAUCUAUUUGUUUUUCAGUUGGUUACUUCAUAGCUUUCUGAACCCAACAAUGGGAUAAUUAAUGUCAGGCCAUAAUCUCUCUCGUCGCCAUUCUGUCUCCUUAAUGUGAAACUGGUUUCGUCUGUUUGCAGUUUUCAAAGACUGAUCUAAAUAGUUCUUUUGUUGCUUUAUUGUAUUUCCACCCUGCGCUCUGCAUGACUGAACUUUCUAUUAUAUAACCUCUCCUGUCUUUCAUUUCAUCACAGACCAUUUCCUUGUAGCUGGCCUUUUCCUGAACAUUUCUUGUCCUGAUGAAGCGUCAAUUUGUCCCAUUUGUACUCUGCUCUUUCAACAUAAUCCGAAAGGUUAAAGCAAUUAAAAGAUCCUUAGAUAAGUACACGAAUGUUUGAGGGGAUAUGGUCCAAACGCAGGCAGGUGCGACUAGCUGAGUUUGAGAUUAUGGUCGGCAUGGUACUGGUUAGUCCAGUCUGUGCUGUACGACUCUAUUGUAAAUAUACAAAUUACUGAAAAAAGUCAAAAAAAAGCAUUGCUCUCAGGACUUUUGGCCCUGUGUCCAGUUGCAGAAUGUAACAUAAAGAAAAUUGACGCUUCGCAACAGGCAGGGCCAACUGAAAGAAUUUUAUGAUAGAGUCAGGCGGAAGGCGGUGACGCAGUGAUAAUGCAAUUGGAGAGUGGGUUCAAAUUUCACCACGGAGCUGGUGGAAUUUCAAUCCAAAUCAUAAAUCGGAAAUUAAAAAUGGUGACUAUGAAACGAUUGUCAAUUUGUUGUCAAGCCAAUCUGCUGUCCAUACCUGACCUGCCUUCAUGUGACUCCAGUCUCCACAGCAAUUUAGUUGAGUUUUAUCUGCCCUCUGAAAUGCCCAAGCGAGAUAAUCAAAGGGCACUUAGAGAUGGGUAAUAAAUGCUAGCUUGGCCAGUGUCGCCAGGGUGAAAGAAUAAAGGGGGGGAGAAAUGAUCUGCUUUGGGAUUUCUCUAAGACUACUCCAGCGGUCACAGUCAUCCAAAUGCUUUCUGUGAGCCAGUGAGUACUGACACCCAGCACAGGAGACUGGCCCUUGGACUAAACCUCAACCAUGAUCUGACCCUGCUGAGGUGGCUCAGUUUUAGUCAUGCACUUACCUCGUUUGUGAGACUCUGCCAACCGCAGUAUCUGGGCAUUACUACACCGAAGUUGCUAUUGGUCACUGUGUUUCUGACAGUUCACAAAGUGCAAAGUGGGCCACCAUGAUGCAGUGUCCCUAUCUCUGGGUCAGAAGGCCCAAGUUCAAGAGGUGUGAAAUAAGAAUCUCUGAACAGGUUGAUUAGAAAAUCACUACAAGUUGCAAUGUGCAGUGGGAUGCCCUGCAAUGGUAAAAGUUGCUACAUCAUUGCAUUUUUUUUCUCUAUUUAGGGGAUACUUUCCUCUGAAUAAAAUUGUGGCUAACAAUAUCUCACAGUGGCUUAGAGGGAAGUUCAGUUUUUCUCUGAUGGUUUUCAACCUCACUGUCGACAGAUCCUCAACGUGUUAUGUUGUGGUAAUUGUGCCACUUCAGAAAAGGAGGGCAAAGAGGAACUCUACAAUUUUGAAAUCUCUGUCAUUCUUGAUCACAGUGGGAUGUUGCUAGCCUGUUCACUGCUGUGCUCUAAUCUUCAAGUUUGAAUUUGUAAAAGAACCUAUAACUGCAUCUGAAACAGUGCAAUAAAGGAGGCUUCCUCAGCCAA